AAGACCAUGGGAAAAAAGAAAGGCUCUAAGUCCUUUUAUCUCCCUAGAUGGUAAAGGUCUUAGCACUUACCCUCGUCACCUUGCCUUGGAUCCUUACUCGCUCUUGGGAUAGGAAUGAAGCCAGUGUCCCUUCCAGUCCGAUCAAGAGUUACGAUAUCCAUGUGCACGUGAAAGGGACACUGUGAGGACAGAAGGAGCUGCUAUUGAAUGCAAAGUAACUGUCAUGCUUAUCCGGUCUUAGCAUCUUAGCAUACGGCAUUACCUCCAGGCGGAAGCCGGACUCCUCUUAAAGAAUCAGCUCAACUUAAAAACAGUUUCGGGACUUGUCCAACAGCGAGUCCCGAAGGUGGGGACUUAUUAUGAGAUCAUCAGUGAUAUGAAAAUAGAACUGGGUCCGGAUCAUCCCCUCGUCCAGGUUGUUCUAAAAUCCAAAAAAUCAUGAAUCAUAUAAUAUAUAUAAGAUAUAAGAGGGGAAGAAUCGACAAAGAAUGACGAACAUAAAAUCGUGAAUGAAAAAGCGUUAGGAAAAGAAAUUCUCUAGUCUAUUAUGUUAGAAGGUGCAAAAUCAAUGGGUGCCGGAGCUGCUUCCAAUUGCUCGGAAAUUCUCAGUCAUAUGGGGGGCUUAGAUAGUGAGCAAAAACAAUUGAUCAAGAAAUUGGUAAACUUUCACAUGAAAGAAGGUAAAAGAACGAAGGUUCGUGCUAUUGUUUAUCAAACUUUUCAUCGCCCAGCUCGAACUGAAGGCGAUGUAAUCAAACUUAUGGUUGACGCCGUGGAGAAUAUAAAGCCCAUAUGCAAAGUAGAAAAAGUAAGAGUAGCAGGUACUAUUUAUGAUGUCCCCGGGAUUGUAGCCAGGGAUCGUCAACAAACCUUAGCUAUUCGUUGGAUCCUUGAAGCAGCUUUCAAACGACGUAUAUCCUACAGGAUAAGCUUAGAGAAAUGUUCAUUUGAUGAGAUACUGGAUGCUUACCGAAAGAGGGGAAUUUCGCGUAAGAAAAGGGAGAAUCUUCAUGGACUGGCUUCCGCCAAUCGAAGUUUCGCGCAUUUCAGAUGGUGGUAAAGUGAAACUACAUAAGGAGCUCUUCCUCAUUCAGUCAGAUUAUUCAGUAAGAUAUGCUUUGACCAUUUUGCUUUUUGUAUGAAUAUUUAUAUAGAAAUAAUUCCUUAUACUCUUUUCUUCAUUGAGUUGGACCAAGAAAACUAUAGCGCGUGAGCGCAACUUCGCCCGUUGCUUGUUUAGUCGCUAAAGCGAAGCUUUUGUUUACACGCUAAAGCUAUGCUUAUGGAAUCCAUAGGAAAAAAAUGACCUUAUGUAUCAAAGUUUUUUCCAGAGUUAGAUGUCUCAUUCCUUAGGGAGUGAGAGGGUAAGGGGGAGAGGGUGGGUGGCCCCUUACGCGCUUUUUUAGUAGGAGUUCAAUUCGGAUGGAACGGAAGCGUAUAUAGGAAACGAAUAAACCUUCUGCGUUGUCUAGUAAGAUUUUCAUAAAAAAAAAGAGAAAAAUGGAAUAGGGAUGUAAUAGCUAAAGCU